UUGAGCCUCAAUCUUUAUUUCCUUUUCCUUUCCUUUGGGAAAGUUCCAAACAGGCCGUUAAUGGUUUAUGCAGAAGAUAUCGAAAGUCGAAAGAUGUUUCCCACGAUUCUCCGCUUUGACUCGCGCAUAUCACCUGAAUACCAACGGGCCGGUAGGAGUAUUUCUUCGUAGCCGUUCCACUCAGGACGGAUUACUGAAUCAAAGCGUUCGAUACCUCUCCUAGAAAAGUGAAUCGAAGACAAGUGAUGUGAUUUCUGCAAUAAUUGGUGAAAUUCCAAAUUUUCGGAGCGUACAAGCAUGACUCAAUCAGGUUAUAAUCUUCAUGAUCUGGUUCAAGAAGCUCAAACCCGGUGGCUAAAGCCUGCAGAAGUGCUUUUUAUUCUACAGAAUCAUACUGAAGACCAACUCACCCAUGAGCCGGCUCGAAAGCCAACAAGUGGAUCUCUUCUUCUGUUUAACAAGAGGGUACUUCGAUUUUUCCGUAAAGAUGGUCAUAGUUGGCGUAAAAAGAAAGAUGGGAGAACUGUUGGUGAAGCACAUGAGCGUCUCAAGGUUGGAAAUGUUGAAGCUUUAAAUUGCUACUAUGCACAUGGAGAGGAAAAUCCACUUUUUCAGAGACGUAGCUAUUGGAUGCUGGAUCCGACAUAUGAGCACAUUGUUCUUGUUCAUUACAGAGACAUCAGUGAGGGUAGGCAAAGUUCCGGAUCCACUUCACUAUCACCAGAAUCCCCUUCUACGCUCAGUCAGAGUCCCAGCUCCUAUACUGCUCAACAUCUUGGCUCUCUUACCCAGAUCAGUGAACUAAAUGAACCGUAUCAAAGUCCGGGAUCCAUAGAAGUUAGCUCUGAUGCAGUUGUCAAGACUAAAGGGAUGGAUCAUCUAGGCAUGAUAGAAAGAAAGGGGGAGGUGGUUGUUACAUCUGAGCUUGAGGUUACUCAAGCAUUGCGACGACUUGAGAUGCAAUUAAGUCUAACUGAUGAUGUUGUUGAAGAAAUUGGUCCAUUCUGCAACGAGAAUGAGAAUUCAAAUGAUUCAGAAGCCAUCAUAAGUGAUGAAUGCAGAUCUACGGCCUCAUUAGAUGAAUUAGGCACUCUUAUGUGGCGUCAGCACUCAGGUGGCAACAGAGAAGAAAAUCGCCAUCCAUUGGCACAAGAAGUUAUGGUUGAACGUAAAGACUUUUUAUCUUGGAACGAGAUGCUGGAUGUCAAUACGAGUUCACCUGGUGCUGAGUCCCGAGAGAGGCUUUUUCCCAUCUCAGAUGAAAAUGGAAUACCACACUCAAGGCAUGAUCGCCUAGGAGAGCAAGAAAGAUAUCAGUGGAUAAAUUUUGAUGGAUAUAAACUUUCUAAGUGUGAUGAUUCCCGAACUCCUGAUAGCAACACAAAUCUGCAACCUUCAACAUCCUACAAAUAUCUAUCAAGCUCUGAGAACCCCUUGACAUUACCAGCUUCCAAAUUGUUGUCUCAAGAAAUUGAAAUUUUCAAUUUUCCUGCGUAUUCUCCUGUUAAUAAUGUUAGUUAUAGUUACUCCGAGUACUUUACAACAUUCUUUGACCAAGGUCAGAAUGGUAUGCAUCUUGAGGCUGAUUCAAGCUUAACCAUUGCACAAGAACAGAAGUUCACCAUUCGAGAAAUAUCCCCAGAAUGGGGUUAUGCUUCUGAGGCAACAAAGGUUUUCAUUGUUGGAUCUUUUCUUUGUGAUCCAUCGGAAGGUGCAUGGACUUGUAUGUUUGGGGACAUUGAAGUUCCUGUGCAUAUGAUUCAACAAGGUGUCAUUAGUUGCUUGGCUCCUCCACACCUUCCUGGAAAGGUCACUCUUUGUAUUACCUCUGGUAAUAGGGAGUCCUGCAGUGAAGUCAGAGAGUUUGAGUACCUUGUUCAGCCCAGUAGCUGUGCUCACUGUGGUUCAUCCCAGAAGGAAAUGACUAAGAGUCCAGAAGAAUUACUGUUACUUGUUAGGUUUGUGCAAAUGCUUUUAUCUGAUACUUCAAUGCAGAAGGGAGGCGAUACUGAAUCAGGAAUUGAUCCAUGGGGCAAAUUGAGAGCCGGAGAAGAUUCAUGGGGCCAUGUUAUUGAGGCUCUUUUACUGGGCAGUUGGACUACAUCCAGUACGACGGAUUGGCUUAUGCAAGAACUUUUAAAAGACAAGUUACAACAAUGGCUUUCUUCAAGAUUGCAGGGAGAAUGUGAUGAGUCGGGUUGUUCCUUGUCUAAGAAAGAGCAAGGGGUAAUACACAUGAUUGCUGGAUUAGGCUUUGAGUGGGCCUUAAAUUUGGUUAUCAACUCUGGAGUCAGCACAAAUUUUCGUGAUAUCAAUGGAUGGACUGCCCUUCAUUGGGCUGCACAUUUUGGAAGGGAGAAAAUGGUUGCUGCACUCAUAGCAUCUGGUGCAGCAGCUGGGGCAGUGACAGAUCCCAGUUCAUUAGAUCCAACGGGUAAAACACCAGCAUCCAUUGCUGCCAAAAGUGGACACAAGGGCCUCGCAGGUUAUCUUUCUGAGGUGGAGCUAACUAGCCAUCUUUCAUCCCUCAAAAUGGAAGAAAAAGAGAUCUCCAACGGCUCUGCUGACGUGGAAGCAGAAAUUGCUCUAAACAGUAUCUCUCAGUUACAGAGGAGUUUCACUACAAAUGAGGAUCACAAUUCUCUUAAGGUCACUUUAGCUGCUGUAAGGAAUGCAGGUCAGGCUGCAGCACGUAUACAAGCUGCAUUUCGUGCACAUUCUUUUAGGAGAAGGCAAGCGAAAGAAGUUGCUUCUGAUGCUAGUGUGGAUGAUUAUAAUAUCCUUUCGAAUGAUAUUCAGGGGCUUUCAGUUGCAUCAAAGUUGGCUUUCCGCAAUGCACGUGAUUACAAUACUGCUGCUUUAUCUAUUCAGAAAAAGUUUCGAGGUUGGAAAGGUCGCAAGGAUUUUCUGGCAUUUCGCAAGAAAGUAGUGAAGAUACAGGCUCAUGUUAGAGGUCAUCAGGUCAGGAAGCAAUAUAAGGUAAUCUGUUGGGCUGUUGGUAUCCUAGAAAAGGUUGUGCUAAGAUGGCGCCGAAAAGGAGUUGGACUGCGGGGAUAUCGGCAUGAAAGUGAGUCUAUUGAUGAAAGUGAAGAUGAAGACAUUAUCAAGGUGUUUCGGAAACAAAAAGUGGAAGUAGCUAUUGAUAAGGCUUUCUCGAGAGUGUUGUCCAUGGUUGACUCCCCAGAUGCGCGUCAGCAAUACAGUCGCGUGCUUGAAAGAUACCAGCAAGCUAAGGCUGAAUAUGAAGGCCCGGAAAGUGAAGUAACAUCAACUUCCCAGAGUGAUAUUACCUAUAUGGAAAAUGAAGAUGCAUACCAGUACAUCUAGAGGUUAUAUGCUACCUCCAAUCCUCUUUUUAACUUUUCUAGUAGGCUAUUCCAAAUACGGGCUGGUUGAAGGUUUCCUGGUUCCGGUCCGCAUUUACUGUUUAGUUGUUUGAUUGCGAAUCUGCGAUUAUAAGCCCAAGUAUGGUUGCAGUUUAUCGAGUUAAUUUUUUCAUCACUCACUCUAGUAUCAGUCUGUAAAUGGCUUUGAUUCAUGUUUUCCUAUUUGCACAUGUAGAUGAUCUUUGUAAUUCUUGUAAAUGGUUGUGAUUGGUUUGAUAGCGCUACAA